AUGGGUCAAGACCAUUGCAGGUUAGAUUCGAAGGUGAAUGCUUAUCACAUACUCACAAUGGUCAAAACAGAUCCAACAAUCAGCAUAAAGGUUCUGCAAGGAGGUGUGGAGAAUCACUUCGGUUACAAGGCGUCGUACAGAAAGGUUUGGAUUACAAAGCAGAAAAUCAUUGCUAGGAUAUAUAGCGAUUGGGAAGAGUCAUACAACGAGCUUUCUUAUUGGUUAUUCACUAUGUACUUGGGUGCAACUUGUGACACACAUUGGCCUGGUUCAGUCGAUACUGUCAUGUUUCGUCGGGUAUUUUGGACAGUUCCACCGUGUGUUGAGUUCUUCAAGCAUUGCAAACCACUUAUUUCCAUCGAUGGCACCCACUUUUAUGGUAAAUACGGAGGCACGUUGCUCAUGUCUAUUGCUCAAGAUGGCAAUGCAAACAUAUUGCCUAUUGUAUUUGCCAUUGUUGAAGGUGAGACGAAGAAGCAUGUCACACCACAACACGACGUCUUAGUGAUUUUAGACAGACACAAAUCAGUUGAUGCUACGUUGAACGCCGAUGGAAGUUUAUGGAAACCAUUGCAUACCUUCCAGGAAUUUUGUACAAGACAUAUUGUUGCCAACUUCAUGACUCACUUCAAAAACAAGGACUUGAAGAAGGUUCUUGUUAACACAACAUAUUCAAUGUCCGAGCGAGAGUUCGCUCAUCAUUUUGGUCGUCUGAGAGGCGAGAACGUCGCAAUUACGAACUGGAUUGAAGAAAUACCUCGUUCACAUUGA